CAGGAUCAGUGAGUGAGUGAAGUGCAUUCAGCAAGGACGCGCACAGGAGAAAAAUUUGUGACAGAAGUGAAGUUAUUUAAAAUUGUGAAUCGUUCAUUUUUACGAGAGAAAAAAUGAAAGUUUCUGCUUCCGUGGCCGUCCUGAUUUUAGGACUUGGAUGGCAAGCUGCUGAGGCCGUAUUUUUCUCUUUUGGAGGAUGGGGUGGGGGUCAGAGCUAUGGUCAUGGUGGGGGCGAUGGGGGGUGGGGCUGGGAGGCACCCGCUGUAGUGUCGCAUGGCGGUGGAUGGGGUGGUGAUGAUGGCGGGUGGGGCUGGGCACCACCCAAAGUGACAGAGACGCAUAAACACAUCUACAAAGUCCACAAUUACGAUCAUCAUGAAAAGAAGAUUCACAAUCAUGAUCACCACGAACACAAAGUGAUUGAGCACAACAAGCACAAAAAGCUCAUCUUCAGGGAUCAUCUUCACAAGCACAACGUUCACGUCCACACGGUUCACCAGCACAACAUCCACAAGCAUAAAAUCCAUCAACACAACUUGCACAAGCACAACCUUCACGUUGUCAAAGUCCACGAGCCCAUCAUUCACAAAUACCACCAAACCCAACACAAAGUGAUCCCAUCGGUGCAAGAGGUCCACAAAGUCAUCCCCAUCCACGAGAGCGUCCACCAAGUUCACGAGCACCACGAGAAGGUUGCCCCCGUCAUUUUGGAACACAAAGGAUGGGGCGCACCUUCCGGCGGCUGGGGAGGCGAAGAAUCCUCCGGAGGAUACGCCGGCGGUCAUGGCGGUUGGGAAAGCGCCCCCGUCGCCGUGGUCGUCAAACCGGAUGCCAAAGCUUAAACAAAAAAUCUACACCAUGACAUGACGUAACAGCUCAAUUGAGGCGAGUAGAAGAUGAUGAAAACGAUGCCAAAUAUUUUUGCACUCUCAUUUUUUUAAUAGCUACUUUUUUAUACUCACUUUUUUCUAUACUGUGCGAAUUUUUAAAAAUUGAUCACGUUCUGCUAGUCAAUCCAGGAAAAUAUUUUGUCCUUGUGUUUCUCUGUCUGUCUGAAUGUCUGUGUGUGAUGAUUUGUGUUAACAGAAAUGUGUGUUAUUUUUGUACUUAUCUGUGUCUGUAAAACCUUUAAAGAAGAAAAAAAUAUAUACGUUGCCGGCACUAUUUUACAAGAAAAAUUGAAUGUUUACUUAA